AUGGGCAACAUCUGCUCCAGAUCCAAAAACGCAUCCGAGACCGAACCCUUCGCUCGUCCUGGCCGUGUCCUCGGAUCAAGCGCAGAUAACUCCGCCCCGCGCGCCUCCGUCCCCGCAAAUGCAAAGUCAAAAUCACACUGGCAGUCGCCAGGGAGGACCUUGGGGGGUAGUGGAGGAGGGGAAAACGCCAGUCCUGGUGCGGGGACGGGACCAGGAACAGGGGCGGUAGAGGAUACGGAUGAUGCAAGGGCGAAGGCGGCAUUGGCAGCUCAGAAACGCGCUGACGCUACGGGGCCUGCGAAUAAAGGGAAACUAGGGUCAAAGUUGGCGGCGCAAAAGGCCCAGACACAAACGCAGACAUUAAACGAGGUUAGUCGGGAUGAGAGAGCUGCUAGGGAUGCCGAUGGUGCCUCUGCUGCGAGGCGAUGGGACUAA